AUGAAGAGAUUUUGCGUCCUCGUCAAUAUAGCUAUUAGAAAGCAACAACGACUCUCUAUGGACUUCUUCUUGGAGACAAUGACAUCAGUAAUGUACCGCCUGCUUCAAUUAAAGUUUGAAACAGGCUCUAUUGGUGAAGCUAUCCGUCUCGGGCUUUUGGCCUUCUCCUCCCAUAUAUUCUUGCAGUGGAGGGAUAUUCAACGGCCGUAUAUCCAGUUCUCCGCUUCGUACAAGGAAAGUCUUGUAUCUCUUAAGUCUUUGAAUGGUGUUUCUUCUGAUAUUGUGCUUUGGCUCUUGACGGUUGGUCGAAUCUCAGUUUUCGGUACAUCGGACGACGAGUGGCUGAAGCCUUGGCUACGGGCUAAUAGCCAACUAUGCACGGUACACUCAUGGCCCGCAAUGAGGGAUGUUAUGGAGUCAUUUCUGUGGAUUGGUGCGCUGCACGACAAGCCUGGAAAGGAUUUGUUCGAAUCUGCGAUGUUGCAACUAUCUCCACAAGAUAAUGCUCUCUGGGUUGGGCAGAUCGAGUACCAUCGAAGUUCCAGUUACGAAACGAAAUAA